AAAAACAGAAGUGCAAAAAUAUUCACCAGGCAGACUGAGAGAACUGACUUCUCCUUAUCUGCACUUAUAACAGCAACUCGCUCGGACAACGUAAACUUCAUUUAUCCUUUACUAAAACCAUUAUUGCUAAUUGUUAAAAAUAGAUAUACUUCUAAUACACUCCAACUACAAUGUUCCCUGAAGGGAAACAAACUUCUGUAGAUGGAUAAAUAUUAAACUUCUUCAAGAUAUUAAAAAUGAUUUUAGAUGUCUGGUUUGCAGUUCUUCCGCAUGACUUUCCCAAGUAAAAUCUUUAGCUAUAACAAACAAUAAAAUCUUUGGAAUAUUUAAGCAUGCAAAGUUGGUUUUAACCAACAUUCAUAUUGCCCCCAUUAAUAACUCGUACAACUUUGAAAAUUCCAGUUUCUACCCUUAUUCUGGUCGCUAAAUCUUAGGGUAAUUUCUUGGUGUUGCGCCACAGGCAGCCAUUUUGUUUUUCUAAUUUCGACGACGACAGGAAGAAAACAAUAUCUAUUCUUAUAAUUAUAUCUUAGUUUACGGAUAAAACUAAAAACUGAAAUGUUUUGUUGAUUGAAAAUGCAUGUUUAUGAAAUAUAACGCUUUUAAACAAACAAGUAUGUUUUAAAGAGAGGUCAGUGGUAGAAUGAAGGAAGCGCGAGCGCGUUUAGCAUUAAGCUAGCAUAGCUGUAAAGACCUCAACCUGAGCGUCAUCUUUUCUCAUUAUCUCUCAGACACGGAUGGAAAUAACCCGUCUCAGUUCGGAGCCGCCUCCGCCUCCACCACCUCAGACCGGCUGUUCCCCCGUCGCUCAGGCCGUUGCAGGACACUGCAGGGCGGGGAACGAGCGGUAGCAGCCCCGGCGGCGGAGCGGCGACGGCUGCUUUCAGCGUAAACAAGCAUCUUCUGCUGUCCUUGAUGUUCCUUGACAGCGCUAAGAGGAGCUUCAGAGAGGCAAUUUGCUUGAAUCUGACCCACAGAAAGGCAGCAUGAACCGCAGCAGAGGAAGAGGAGAAGGAGGAUUUUUCACCAUGUUUUUCUCGCUGUGUUUAAUUUGGACACAGCUGCUGAUCCCAGAAUAUUUCGCUGGCGGUCCGUUCCCGACUCACCGUCCGGGUCGCCACACUCUGAUCGCUCAGAGAGAUGUGAAUGAGCUGCCAGAGUCUCGUUCCCACCUCCAUCUCCAUCGCCACCACCAUCAGCACCAGAACCAGCACCCAGCCCGGUCGGCCCGGCCCGAGUCUCGGCUUCAGCAGGAACUCAGCGCCCGGCGGAGCUUGGACCUGCUGGAGCAGCUGCACCAGGAUGUGGAGCCGGACCACUUCGGCUGGCGUGUUGUACCCGGGGAAUAUGUGGUUACCAUGUACUUGGCUGUGGGAGUGAGGAGGCUGAAUAUCAGUCACCUCCUGUGGUUCCGGGACGGCGUAGCGGCGUCGCUCGGCGUCGCUCCUCAACAUGUUCACAUCAACAAGCUGAAUGCCAGAAACGGCAUCGAGCUCUUCGUCUCCUCUGAGAGGCGGGACAUCUUUGAGCUCCGCCCUGCGAAGGAGAUCGUCCAAUCACUGAACCGUAGCGUUCUUCAUCACCAUUUGGCCGACUUCGGCAUCACGGCAGUCAAACCGGAGUGCUGCAGAAACAUCCCAGACUCUUCCCCUUCGUCUCCGAAGAAAAACGUCCUGCAGGACGAUCAGAGGGAUCACGCAUGGAGCAGAGAUGGGCUCUACAAUGUCGUCCUCUUCUUCACCUUCUUCCUCAUCAUCAUCACCUGCCUAAUGGUUUUGUACCGAAUGAAGCAGAAAGUUCCCGUUACUGAAAAGCAGCUCAAAGCUCCGCCCCCUGACCACGUCGUGAGCCUGACCCUCCCCCCCGACCCUCACAAGAGGUCAAAGGGCACCAAGGUUGUGACAUCAGAAAGCAUGGUCCAAUCUGAGCCCCCGCCAGCUGUAGCCACGCCCAUUCACCAGCAGCAGCCAAUCAGAGCCUGCCGCCGCCUCGCUCCUCCUGUCGUCCCUCUGCCCAGCCCUGUCCCAAUCAUCAACACCGACAGCCACACCCCGCCAACGAGCGUCCCCCAGGUAACAGGCGCUAACGAGCUGAAACCUUGCCCCUCCCCCUUCAGGAUGAAACCGGCUGCAGGCCUGCAGGAGAGACGAGGCUCUAACGUGUCCCUGGUGCUGGACAUGUCGGCUCUCGGGUCGGUGGAGCCCCUCAAUGUUUCCGUGGUAACCCCCAGAGAGGCGGCGGCCCGAGAGUACCUGCUGUCGGCCGGACGACCGCUGACACGGCAACAGCUUCGUGACGUCGUGAGCAACACGCACAAGCUGCACGUUGAAUUCGCUGAAAUCCCGAUGAAUUUUAUUGACCCUAAGGAACUGGAUAUCCCAAACCACAGCACUAAGAACAGAUAUAAGACCAUUCUGCCCAAUCCUCACUCCAGAGUGAUCCUGAAGUCAAAGAGCUGCAAUGAUCUACUGAGUUCCUACAUCAAUGCCAACUACAUAAGGGGUUAUCUAGGUGACCUGAGGGCCUUCAUCGCCACUCAGGGCCCCAUGGUGAACACGGUGAACGACUUCUGGCAGAUGGCAUGGCAGGAGGAGUCGCCCGUCAUCGUCAUGAUCACCAAGCUGAAGGAGAAGAACGAGAAGUGUGUCUUGUACUGGCCGGAGAAGAGAGGGAUCUACGGCAAGGUGGAGGUUCUGGUGAACGGCAUCAGGGAGUGUGAGCACUACGUAACCCGCAGCCUCACGCUAAAGUGCGGGAAUCAAACCCGCAUCCUGCAGCAUUACUGGUACACAUCGUGGCCCGACCACAAAACCCCGGACUCGGCGCUGCCGUUGCUGCAGCUCAUGGCUGAUGUUGAGGCUGAGAGACGCACCGCCGCCUGCGUGGGGCCCGUCAUCGUCCACUGCAGUGCUGGGAUUGGCCGGACGGGAUGCUUCAUCGCCACGACGAUAGGCUGCCGGCAGCUGCAGGUGGAGGGGGUGGUGGACAUGCUAAACAUCACCUGCCAGCUCCGAACCGACAGAGGUGGUAUGAUCCAAACAGGUGAGCAGUACGAGUUCGUGCAUCACGCCCUGAGUCUGUACGAGGCGCGGCUGCCAGCUGAAUCCGGCCAGUGAGCGCUCGCCGCCGUCCGACCUCGGCUGUUAACGGAAACGGCUCAUGAGCUUUGGAAGUUCUCUGCCAGCAGGGGGAGACUCUGAGACGCUGAAGGGUGAUUAUAGUGAGCAGAGACUGGAGAAGAAAAGAGGGGAAGGUAAACUUCAACACUCGAGAUGUACCCUUUCUUCUUCUUCUUCUUUUUGUUUUUUUUUGGGCGAUCAGUGGCACUCGAUGGACUUCUGUUGCCCAGACGACUGGGAUGGUUUUUAAAAAAACUGACUGGAUACGUCUCUCUGUCUAACAUGGAUUUUAAAUUCUUUUGUAAUGUGAUGUUCUUCUCAGAAAUCUAUUGGAAAAUGACUGUUACUUGGUUUAGUUUUAGCUACUGUGGAAAUAUAUAUCCCUGUUUGUGCGAUUUACUCUGGAAUUUCAUCACAUGGAAAACGUCUUGUUUAACAACAGGGUUUACAUUGAGAAAUGUUUUACAUUCUUGGCAUCUUUAAUCAAGUUUAAGUUCAUUCCCUUUUAAAAAUCCAAGUGGGAAAUCCACAGAAUAUUAUCCAAAACACAUUCAGGAUUUUAUAAUCAGUAAGUUGCCAGACAAUCCAAACCAUCUUUAAACCAUCUGAAAAUAUAGAAUGAGUUAAAAUGUUUUUCUGUUUAAAUUACUAAAUUCAUUUUUCAGUCAUGUUUUAUUUGUUUUUUUUAUGACAAACUGACAAAAAGCAGGAGGCACCCAGAUGGAAAAAGCUGCCUCCAAAAAGCUAAAUAGCUUUUUUUGUGUCCUUCAUUUGCACAUUUCACUCCAGUUUGCUGGAUGAAAUUCAUAUUAUAGGUCUUAAAAACAAUUCAUUAUUGUUUUAAAAAGCAUUCAAAAGCCUGAAAUUAUAGUUGGUGAAACAUGCAGAAGCCUUGAAAAUCCACACAGUUACUACAUUUUCAAAAUUACUGAUAUUUACUGGCUCUCGAAUGGCUCUAACAUUAGAGUAAAAGCAGUGUUUCCAAAAUGUCAAAUUGGUUUUAUAACAUCAUUAAUUGGAACGUUUUGAGACAAUAAAUCAAAAUUCUUGUCACGAUGAGGGAUUUUUACAAUAAAUGAGUGAAAUACGAUAAAUGCUUCAAGUGAAGAAUUCGACUGCAGUAGCAAUCAUUCAACCUAUGGGGGGCAGCAGUGAGACGAUUUUAUGCAAAAUAUUCAACAAAAAAAAAACAAAUUUGCACAAAAAAAAAGGUCAAAAUUUUAAGAAAGAUAUAAAGUUCAAACCCCAAGUAACCAAUUUGGACAAUUUAACAUAAAAAAUAUGUUUAUUUGCGAGUUAGUUACACUAAUUUUAAUAAAAUACAAAAUAACCCAUUUUUCUCAGCCUUCCCUACAAUCUCGAUAUUAAGGCUCCUUUCAACAACAAGUGUAUUUUAAUGCAACUUUUACAGCAGGACUUACUGACGUCUGCUCAUAUUUAAGAAAAAAAAGAACUGAGUUGAAUAUAUCAUUUAUAGAAUAGAAUAUUGGCUGGUGCUACCCAAGAAUUUAAACCAGUUUAGCACUGGAAACGGUUUAUUGUAUUACAUGUGAACCAAAUUAAACUGUUUCUCCUGGGUUCUGAACUUUAGUUUUUGUCAGUUAGUUAGAAUAAAAAUAAUAAUCCAGUUUAAUCUACUGGUUGUGAGCGCCUACAUGGAGCUUUUUUCAGCCAUAAAAUAAAUGUUUAAAGCUCCCAGCUGGAUAAAAAGCUUCUGGUGCAAAGAAACCAAUUAGUUGAAUUUAGCUUUAGUAGCUCCGUGUUGUAUGCUUUAACGUUGAAGCAAAUAGUUGCUGUAGAUGACACGCCUUUCUGAUGCAAUAUUUAGUUAAAACAAUUGCUAAUAAUGUUUGUAAACUAUUUACAUUUUUACUCUGUAAUAAAUGCAGUCUGAGAGCCAGACUGCAUUGGUUAAAAAUAAAAUAAACAUUGAAACGUUUGAUGGUAGAAAGGAGAUGUUUAACAAAACAAAAUGUAUAGAUCUCAUAAAAAGGUUUGGUUUUGUUUUCCUCUAAUUUUCAGACAUAUAACGGAAAUAUUAAUUACUAUUAUUAUAUUAUUAGAAAGUAGCUGCUUCACUUUAGUUUUUUAUCAGCUGGUUUUAUCCCAGUCAUGUUUAUUCAUCAAAAACAUGAGAUUUCAUUUGUUAUUUUAUGUAAUAAAUCCAGAAAAAAGUAAAAUAAAAUACACUUAAAUAAAAAAAAGACAAUAUAUAUAUAUUUUGAUCAACUUUUCCGUGUUUAAUUCUUGAAAAUGUUAUCUUAAGAAUUUAAAGCUGUGCUCUCUAGACUUGUUGUUGGCAACAUUAUCAAAAAAAUACUAUUAAAAUAUAUAGUUUAAUAAAAAUCUUUACAGUCCAAUGGUAAUAGUAACCCUGCUUUAUACCAAAAAAUGUGAAAUAAUCUUAAGCAAUGGUGCAGGAUUCUCAUCAGUGUGCUGUUGUACAUUUUAUGUGAUACAUUAUUUUGUUGCGUCAAAGUAAUAUCUUUAUUUUUAAACAUAUUUCUUAACUUUUUUAAAUCUGCAAACCUAAUUUUCCUUGAUUAGGUCAGCAAGAGCCAAGUGGAAACCCAUAUUUAUUAAAGUCAGAUAAAAAAAUGCAUAAAAACAAAUAAAUAUGAUCCAGAGUGUUUCAAUCAAGAAAUGAAUUGUGCAUUUUAGAGCAGAUUGUGAUGAAGCUGAAAUAUUGAGGUGUUUUGUGUUUGUUUCGUGGAACUUAGAUUUCUAAUGUAAUGCCAGUAACGAAGAACAUGAGCUACUCUAGCGUCUGAUUGGCUCUCUGUGUGAACGGGACCACUUGUACAGUACCUGUACAUAUAAGUGCUUUUAAACUUGUGUGUGGAGUUGAACUGCAGUCCAUUUGCCACAAACACAAGUGUCUUGCUGCUAAAACUGGGAUUGUUGGGACUGAAUUGGACAGACUGCAAAGAUGGAAAAACUUUUCAAGACUUUUUCUAUGUACAGAUAUAUUUUUAUUUACUUCUUUCAUUAUGACACAAUCAUGGGACAUGAAACGUUGGACUAAAAACCCAGCCUGCCUCCUGGGAACACCAUCACUCUCUCUUUUCACUGUGGGCUCAGUCAGGGAUCGGAUGGAAAUUCAGACGUUGGAUUAACCGCCCUGACCGAAGUGAGAGUGAGUUCAUUUCAGCGCCCCCUACAGGAGCUGGUACAACAACACACACUGCCUCUGACGUAGUAUUGUGUCUGUAUACUAGGAUGUGGUACAUGUUGUGUACUUGAGGUUAAAGGGACCCUACAUGGUUUGAGUUGGAAGAGAGAAACGUCGUUAACGUAAAUGUUAACGAGUUAGCAUAUUUUUAAAAUUUUAAGUCAACUUUUCCCAAACUGCAUUUGGAUUAUCACAACAACAAGAAGCAUUUAGGUUCCAGGUUUUAUGAUAAAAGGAAAGACAAUUAGCUGACCUAAGAAUGAGUUCACCACUCUUACAUAAUAAAUCUAGCUUCUAAAACAUUCUCUGUAGUAUUUUUGAGCAUUUAAAAAAACUAAUUAACCACCUUUAAAGAUAAUUAAAUGACACUGCAGCUAGCUAAAAUGGUGUGAGCUAAUCCUGAAUAAAAGCUGGUUAGAACAUAAUUCUACCUUACAAGUGGGUUAUAACUUUGUGGUCGACUGUUACCUUUAUGAUAAAUGCAUUUGAUUUCUAGCAGCCAGAUAACUUGGGGUCCCUUUAAACCAUUCAGACACAACGAAUCAUCGGUCUGAGUACACUUGAUGUUGAUUAGUGCACAACGGUCUAACUAAUAUACGUAUAAAACAUGACUUACAAUGUACUACAAGCUAACUUGAAUGUUGUUAAUGGUCCAGAACAUUAGCCACUGAGUAGUGGUGUAACCGUAUCUACUCUACCCUCAUAUAUACCGUUACGUGUAAUCUGUGCAAUAAAUACGCUGAAGAGAAAAA